CAUGCGCAAUAUCUAUUUAAUAUUUGCGUUUGGCGCAAUGGCGUUUUCGCUUGGAAGUUCAAUCCAAUACGACUUUUUCCGCUUUCCGCCCGUCCAAUGAGCAACAUGGCCGACAGGAAUAUGAGUGAAGAAAGCCGUGAAAGAUAUAUUUCUAGCAUAAAUUCCUUAAAAGAGCUUCUUGCAAGGUCCGAGGAACAACAGCAACUUAUUGCAAUGGAUGAAGGGUCAGUUACUGAACUGUUUGGUCACAUACAACAGCAACGACAGGAAAAGCAAGUGGGAAACAUUUCUCAAAAUAUUUCAAAUAGUGCAACAGAGCAAGCUAAUCCAGCAAUAGACUCAAGUGAAGCUCCUUUAACCAACAUAGAGGCAGGAGAAGAGGAGAGGGGAAUGUCAAUAGAUUUUGAGGUUGAGUUAUUUAUUGAAGAAAUUCGGAAACUUGGAUGUUUGUGGAAUACAUCUUUAUCUUCUUACAAAGACAGAAAUGCAAAACAAAAUGCAUGGAAAAUUCUCUCCAACAUAUUUAACAAAGAUGUGGAAUUUUUAAAGACACAGUUGAAAUAUUUGAAAGAUAACUUGAAGAAAUGCCUUGAUAGGAGAUCCAAGGCUACAAAAUCAGGGGCAGCUGCAUCAAAUUUUGUAACCCAGUCAGUGCUCUGCCCCGAGACCUCAACUCCAACAUCAUCAAAGAGUAUUCCAGCCUCUGCUCCAGGAAAAAGUAAAGCAGAGACUGAAAUUAUUGCAAAUACACCUGCAAAGCGAAGUAAGUCAAGAGCAGAAAUGGCAUUUGCAGUAGAUACAAUGUUGGUGAAGACAUUGAAGGAUAUGCAAGAACCCACUGUUACUGAUCAAGAUGAAGAUUUAUUAUUUUGCAAAAGCCUUGUACCAAUACUUAAAAAGAUGCCUGCAAGACAAAAUAGGCUUGCCAAAAUAAAAAUAAAUCAACUUUUGUUUGAUAUAGAGUUUAAUGAUGAACUGUGA